UUAUCUUCAGAUGACCAACAUACGCCUUUUAUUACAUCAAGAUGUCAUCAACUAUGAAAUAGUCCCCAUAACGUCCUAUACCCAGUACAACAGGUUGCCAACUUUUGUUUUUUAUUUAACUUUGGCCCAUGUUUUAUUUUUUAUUACACAGUUUGUCCAAACUUUUUUUUUUGUACAAAUUUGCCCCAAAAUUAGUUGGAUGUUAAGUAUAUGGAGUUGGUUGGCGGUGGUUCUAAUCUUUCCACAUCAACUAAAAGUUUCCACAUAAGGUUCCAUGUCAGCAAAACUUGCUAAUUUUUGGGCAUCACAGAUACUAAGCUCUGUUCUCUAUUUUCGGUUGAAUGACAUUUCUUUUGAUUUUUGUUUUUUUCAAAUAUAUUGAAUAGUGGGUUUAUGUUUCUGUUGAGAUUCUUUUAAUUGAUACCAUAAAUUAGAUAUGUUUAUGCUGAAACUUAUCUGAUUGAUUUCAUGAUCUUUUUUAACAUAUGAAAUCCUAUGAGGAAAAGUGUGGCAGUGUGCUAUCUGAGCAUGAACAUAAAUUGUUUAAUUAUGGAGGGGAAAUAUGAAAUUCAUGAAUUGUGUUAAAUUAGGGGUUGAUUCAUUAUUUGUACAUUCUGAUUCUUUUCGUAUCCGAUAAAGGUUCAUUCACUCCAAAAAAGAAAAAAAAAAAGUCAUUGUUGAGCACUACCUAGGGACAGACAUCACAAGAUGAAAAAAGGUAUCUAUAAUAAAUACUAAUUGGCAAGACUUGUAAGUCUUCGAACGUCUAAUUUGGGGUCAUUAAUUCCAGUUCUUCAUCUUUGAUUUUUCUUAUAGCAUUGUAUGCUCCGCAAAUUUGAGGCCACACACUUUAGAAUCAUUCAUCUUCACUUUCAGACUAUAUAACCCCUCAUGGGGGCAGUUCAUAGAGACAUCAAUACAAAAAACAAAAAUCAGCAAGCUUUUUAUUUACAUUAUGAAUCCUUGUAUUUUUGUAAUUUUCUCACUUCUCUUGCCACUCUUUGUGACUACAACUGCAAGCCAAUUGGGAGGAGGAGGAGAUGAUACAAAUGAUGUUAUGAAAAAGAAGUGUUUGGAUAAGGAGAGAGAUGCUCUCCUUCUUAUCAAAGCUUCCCUUUAUGACCCCUCUGAUACUCUGUCUACAUGGACACCUGACGACCAUGACUGCUGCAAUUGGAAUGGAGUCAUGUGCAGCAAACAAACAGGUCAUGUCACAAGACUUGAUAUUAGCUUGGGUGACCUUGAAGGUGAGAUUAGCCCUUCACUGCUUAACUUAACCUACUUGAAUCUUCUUGAUCUUUCUGGGAAUUCUUUUCAUGGAACCAUUCCCACCUUCAUUGGUUCCUUGACUCGAUUAAUCUACCUUAACCUUGGCCAAAAUAAACUUAAUGGAACCAUUCCCAGGUCCAUUGGCUCCUUGAAAAACUUAACUUAUCUUUACCUUUCUGAUAACUCUUUUUAUGGAACGAUUCCUCCAGAGUUAGGAAACCUCACCAACUUGCAAUACCUUGACCUUUCAAAUGUUGGAAUGUGUAGAGUUGAAAACAUAGAGUGGUUGUCUCAUCUCUCUCUUUUGGAGUGGCUAACAAUGGAUGGGAUUUCCUUAGCCAAAGCAAAUGAAUGGGUAGAUGUAAUUCUGAGUCUCCGGAAACUCUCAUAUUUAUCUUUAGGUGGAUGUGAGCUGUCACAGGUGAUGUAUCCAUAUUCUUCUUCAUUUCUCAACUCUUCUUCUUCUUCAUCAUCUAUUGAGUCCCUUCAUCUUGGAAACAACAAUCUCAACUCAUCCAUGUAUCGAUGGUUGCGCCUGUUAGCCAGCAAUAAGCUUCAUCAACUUCAUCUCUCUGGCAACAUGUUAGAUGGGAUACCCAAAUACCUUGGUAGCCUCUGUACUCUGGAAUAUUUGUUCUUCUAUAACAACUCUGUUGUUGUCAAACUCCCUGAUUUUCUCAACAACUUGUCUGGAUGCACAUCACUUUCAUUACAAUCGUUGGUUGCUUACAACAGCCAAUUUACAGGAUCAUUGUCUGAUGAGAUCCAAAAGUUUUCAUCCCUCCACUCUCUGUACCUAUCUCACAGUCACUUAAAUGGAAGCAUAAGUGAGAAAUUGUGGGAACUACCCAGGCUCCAAACUCUGGACGUUUCUUUUAAUGAUCUUAGAGUUCCUCUCACAUAUCAUUUGUCAGGCCUAUCUUAUGUAAAGGAUAUUGAUCUAUGCUCUUGCAAGCUAGGGCCUGGCUUCCCCAAAUGGAUUCAUACACUCAAAAAUCUUACCCGCCUUGAUCUUUCCAAUAAUGGAAUUUCAGACACAAUUCCUCUAGAGUUUUGGGACAUGUCGUCUUCUCAAUUACAUUAUCUGAAUCUCUCUUCCAACAACAUUAGCGGUGAAGUACCAGAUUUAUCAUCAAAUUUUGACAAUGAGUCGGUGAUAGAUUUAAGUUCUAACAGCUUUUAUGGUCCAAUACCGAAUCUUCCUUCCACCCUGUCGUCACUAAAUCUUUCUAGAAACAAAUUCUCUGGAGGAAUCUCCUUCAUAUGCCAAUUUGUUGAUGGGUUGUUAGAAUUUCUUGACCUCUCUCAUAACUCAUUCAUUGGACAACUCCCGAACUGUUUGUGGCAUUUUAAAGAGCUAAAAGUUCUUAGUCUCGGACACAACAAUCUCUUUGGAAGGCUUCCUCCUUCAAUUGGAUCUUUGAUACAACUCGACGUGUUGUAUUUAUACAAUAACAACUUCUCUGGAGAGUUGCCUUUGUCUUUAACAAAUUGCACGAGUUUAAUCUCGUUGAAUUUGGGGGCCAACAAGUUUUCUGGUAAUGUGCCUGUCUGGAUUGGGGAAAACUUAUCAAAGUUGUAUGUUCUUAUCCUAAGAUCAAACAACUUCUUUGGAACCAUCCCCUUACACUUAUGUCAAUUAGCUAAUCUUCAACUUCUAGACUUGUCAAUGAACAAUCUCCAUGGAGCCAUCCCCUCAUGUUUAAGUAAUCUUACGAGCAUGGUUCAACAAGGGUUCUUACAAGAUGUGGAUUAUUAUAGAGAUGUAGGAAAUUAUGCAUCUGACCACCAGAUAUAUGUUGACCAUGCGAUGAUUGAGUGGCAAGGAUAUGAACGUGAAUUCUUCAGCACUUUGAAAUUGGUGAAGAGCAUUGACCUGUCAAGCAACAAUUUAACAGGACAAAUCCCACAUGAAAUUACCAGUCUUCAUGACUUGAUUUCCAUGAACUUGUCGAAGAACGUCCUAUCUGGAGAGAUUCCACAGAAAAUUGGUGAGAUGAAAAACCUUUUGACUUUGGAUUUAUCUAGAAACAAUUUUUCAGGGAGGAUACCAUCAAGCAUGUCUCAGAUGAGUUUACUGAAUGACCUAGACGUGUCAUUUAAUAACUUGUCAGGGAGAAUCCCAUCUAGCACACAACUCCAGUCCUUUCCACCUUCAACAUACAGUGGAAACGCACGUCUAUGUGGACCUCCCCUUACCAAAAAAUGUCCUGGAGAAGAAGAAUCAAAAGUACCGCCUCUUAUUGGUAAAGGUGAGGGUAAAGAGGAAGACAUAGAUGAACUUGAGAAAUGGUUUUAUAUUGGUGGGGGCAUGGGUUUUGCUACUGGAUUUUGGAUAGCAUGUGGCAGUUUACUUCUCAACCGCCGAUGGUGACAUUCAUUUUUUCACUUUUUUGAUAGCUUCAAAGAUUGGGUUUAUGUCAAGGUGGUUGUUCUCGUUUCAAGUUUGCGAAGGGGUGGACAGAUGUAGUUUGUCAUCUAUUUUUUAUUUUUUAUUUUCCGAUAUGCAAUAUCUAAUUUGGGUGGGGUUUUUAAGUCCCCAAUAUCAAUAUAUAUUUGCCACCAACACCAUGAGUGGCUAUUUUCCUUA